AUGAUUUUAUAACAACUAAAUUUUAUUUCAUGGAAAAUUUAUGAGAUGAAAUAAAUAAAUUUUAUAAAAUUUAAAAAUUUCCACAAAAAAUGGAUCUUUCUGAAGUUGUUGGAUGUAGUUUACAUUUUACAGUUUCCAUUUUAAGGAAUCUAAAAUUUGAUUAAUUUCAAUUUUCUUCUUCUCCCUCCUCCAUCUCUGCCCCGUCAAUCUCUCACCACCCAGCACCGAUCUAAUCUUCUACUCACACGCCACUGUUCUCCACAGCUACCACCGUCAAUAUCUCACUGGUCACCACUCAUCAACGAACAAGUCCACCACCAAAAGAGCGGUUAACCGGUUAAUCGGUACACCUAUCAAUCAUGAUGCUUUAUGAUGGGUUUAGGGAAAUUCUAAAGAUUCAGAAGUUUCGUAGGCUCGUAUCUUACACUGGGUUUUACUGCUUUGUUGCUGUCUUGAGCUAUGCUUAUACGAACAACACGACUAGAGCUGGGUAUUCUAGAGCUGAUCAAUUUUAUGCAUCUUACCCUGCUGGAACUGAACUUUUAACGGAUACUGCUAAGUUAUAUAAAGCUGCACUUGGCAAUUGCUUUGAAUCAGAGGAGUGGGGUCCAAUAGAGUUCUGCAUCAUGGCAAAGCACUUUGAUCGCCAAGGAAAAUCCCCAUAUGCCUAUCAUGCUCAAUAUAUGGCACACCUUCUUUCUCAUGGACAACUUGAUGGAAGCGGCUAGAAUGGAAUGAUACUUGGCUACUAGGUGAAUGAAUGGGUGGAGAAAAAUACAAAAUUAAACUCAUGGCAAUUUGAUGCUAUUAGAUGAUGAAAGACCAUUAGAAGCUUUAUUUCGCGCGAUGGAAGGAAUGCUUACAACACUUUUUCUUAACAGUGUCAUGUAGCAUUGCACCAUCCUUUGGACAAUUGAACCACUCGAGUUUGUCAGUAUCAAUAUUUGAACUAUUACUUUCUUGAAUCAUGAUAUUUUGACCUUAGAGCACACCUUGAUAGUGCAGAGUAACUGCAACUAGAUGCUAUACAAAUACUUGUGGAGGAAUUUUUUGCGUGUAAGGAAGUAUCUCAAAUUACAGUAUAA